CGUGUACUGAAUCGUCUAUAAAACAUCUACUCUCCUCGCUGAAAUUCUUCACCAGUCUCAUCAGUAUUCACUCGCAGAGCAACUUUACACCCUAAUCUGUAAUACCAUUCCUCUGUCCUACAUUUUCAGCCCAAUCCACUGCAAACAUGAAAUUCUCUCUCUUUGCCGUUGCUCUCAGCACCCUCGCCGCUGCCUCGCCAACUCCUGACAUGGAGCAUGAGAAGCGCGCCCUUGGUCUCCUUAAGCCUAAGGGUGGCAUCCCUUUCACUUUCACUUCUAUCUGGGAAGUUCUUGCUACCCCUGAUCAGGUUGUUGAUGCAGACAACAAGUACACUGGCGGACUGAGGGGCAGCAAGGGCCUCUUCAAGUUUGGCAUCAACUCUAACGAGGAUGUCAUCUGCUAUAACAUCACCUUGUAUGGCUUCCGAGGUGACUACCAGUCUCCCGCCAACACUGCCACCCACAUCCACGAGGCUGUCAAGGGCAAGUCUGGACCUCCACGUAUCGCCUUCCCCAACCCCGUCGGCGACGAGAAGAGCCGCAACGCUGUCGGCUGUCUCGAGGGCCCAUUCCGCACCGGUGUGAUCCAGAACGGCCAAGACACUGGUGUAGGCUUCACUCUCAAGCAGAUCGAGAAGAACCCCGAGAAGUUCUUCGCCGACUCGCACUCCAGCCUUGCUGUUCCUGGCGCUUUCCGAGGACAGCUCAGCUCAGGCAAGGUGUGCUAAAGGGCUUAGCCCCUUUCCCAAACUUUGCUCGAUUUGCCUAAUGCGCAUAUGUUUCUGACAGAAUUGGAUUGUAAUACAACUCCGUGUAAAAUUUACUCUUCCUUUGGUAGAAAUAAUUCAAAGUCAUGGUGGCUUGGAGACGUGUUUGGGUAUCACAUAACAUGAUAAUUCAUUAAUCCAUGAUAUAACCUUAACCUUUGAU